CUUCCUGUCUCUCUGCUCCUCCGCAUCCGCUUGUGCGCCCGUGCCGCUCACUGCACUCCAUUCCCAAUCUCUCUGCCUCCCCUGCCUGUCUCUCCACGCCAGUGCGCGCAGAUCGGGCGGGUGUGAAGAGGAGCUCAUCACAUCCUCUGCUGCUUCUUCUGUCCAAUAAGAGCUAGCUAGCUAGCUAGCUCGCCGAUUCAACAGCAAGCGGCGGCAGUGAUGCGCGGACUUGUCCUCGCAUAGCCAAGAUCCGUCCAGCAGCGGCAGCUUGAGCGCAGACAGAUUCAAGAAUGGAGGAGAAAGCGGCGGACACGACGGCGACAGUGGCGGCGGCGGCAGCAGCGGCAGCGGAUCAGGACGGCGCGGUGUACUGCAGCGAGCACCCGUACCCGCCAGGCGCGGCAGCGGCGGCCGGGGCGGGCGCCGGCGGCAUCUGCGCCUUCUGUCUGCAGGAGAAGCUCGGCAUGCUGGUCUCGUCGUCCAAGUCCAGCCCCUUCCACCCGCCGCCGCAGCAGCCGGUCUCCGCCGCGUCGCCGUCCUCGACGACGCCGCCGCCGUCCAACCGCGCCUCCUCCGAGGCGCCGCCGCCGCCACUCUACCCUCCCGCGGCGUCGCGCAAGGUGAUGCCCGCGCAGAGCGCGGGCGGCGGCGCCGGCGGCGGGCUCAAGAGGAGCAAGUCGGUCGCGCCGCGGCCGGAGGAGCCGCUGCCGCCGCCCGCGGUCACGGCGGACAGCCCGCGCAAGAAGAGCUUCUGGUCCUUCCUCCACCUCUCGUCGUCGUCAGGCAGCCACAAGGGCGGCGCGUCCUCGGCUUCGGCGGCCGGCGGCGGCGCCGCGAGGAGGAACUCCGUGUCGGUGGCGUCGGCCUCGUCGGCGUCGCUCGGGGGCCGGCUGGAGGCGAUCGUGGAGCCGGAGAGCCCGGGCCGCCGGAGCGAGGGCUCGUCGUCGUCGUCGUUCGGGCGGAAGGUGGCGCGCUCGCGCUCCGUGGGCUGCGGCAGCCGCAGCUUCUCGGGCGACUUCCUGGAGCGCCUCUCCACCGGCUUCGGCGACUGCGCGCUCCGGCGCGUCGAGUCCCACCGCGAGCCCAAGCCCAAGGCCGCGCUGGGCCACCUGGGCGGCGGCGAGGAGCACGAGCAGGACCAGGACCAGCACCACCGCAUCAAGUGCGCCGGUUUCUUCGGCGGCGGCCUGGGCGCCGCGGCCCCGCCUUCGUCAUCCUACUGGCUCUCGGCACCCGACGGCGCCAGCGCCAGCGCCAGCGGGAGCGCGAGGGGCUCCGGCUCGCGGAGCCACCGGAGCUGGGCUUGGGCGCUGGCGAGCCCCAUGAGGGCGCUCAGGCCGACCAGCUCCUCGUCCAGCAAGAGCAUCAUGGCCGCGCCCACAGCCGCGUGAACGGCAGCGGCAGCAUGCAUGCGGGGGUAGCUUCAUGGGGUUGAUGCUGCCGCUGCGUAAGCGAUCAAUGGCCGGUGAAUCAUCAUCCAUCCCUCGACCAUAUAUACUAGUACUACAUAAAUGUCUCCAUCUUUAUUAGUGUUCUCAUGUCCAUGCCUUACGAUUUUUAAGCAGAACCUGGUCCUGUUUAUGUUGGAAAUGUUGCUAUGGAUCUAGCUAUAGCUACUGCCUUUACAUUUGGGAUUCCUGUCUCCAGUGGCAAUAGACUGUGGAACUUGUUAAUCUGUUCAACCCCUGGAGUAUUUGUCUGGGCAAUUCAUCGU